UUUCAACCCAAUUCCGUGGCUGCAAACAACGGCAGAGCGUAGAUCUCACACUUCUCGAACCGUAACAUUUCAGCCUCAUGUUCUUUUAAUUAGCCUCCUCAACGCUCAACAGUAUCCUGAAGCUUCUUGGUUCAUGGCUGGCACGUGCACCUCCAUCACGCGUCACGUCAUCCGAUCUUCGAUGGUCGAACUAUCAAGAACCGCCAGCCGCAGCUGGACUUUGUUUUCGGCCAGGAUCUCGAUGAAGAGCAAUGGAGCGUCCGCGACGUUCGGCGUGCGUGAGCUCGCGACUGCAGCGACAGCGACAGCCGACGGUCCAUCUUGUAUAUACGUUGGGCCUAUUGAGACUGCAAGUAAAGAAACCCUAGAAGCUCUCUAUCGUCAAGCACGAGAUGCGUAUUACAGUGGUGAACCUUUGAUAGUUGAUGACAUGUUUGAUAGAGUAGAGUUAAAAUUGCGGCGGUAUGGUUCAAAAUCUGUGGUUAAGUAUCCUCGUUGCAGUAUUAGGCGACAAUCCACCUAUGCAGAUGCUGAGGAAGAUAUAUCUCAGGCUUUUGCACUAGCUAGCAUAUGGAUCAUCUUUCUUGCAUUUGGGAUUUCAGCAUUGGUUGGGCCUAUUAUCUACACUGUUGUUCUAGCUUAUCAAGAUGCAUUUGGCUCAGGAAUUUCCCAAGGCAGCCAAGCUUCCAUAAUACAGUUUCUUGCGACAGUGAAUGCCAUUCUCUUCAUGGCAGUGGGAGCUCUGAUUGGCUAUCCAAUUACAUCGGCUUCUGUUAAGGUGCUCCUGGGCCUAUGGAGGAAUGACUUGGUGGCACUCAAGGGAGCAUGCCCAAAUUGUGGGGAGGAGGUGUUUGCCUUUGUGAGAUCAGAUGAGUCUAAUAACUCUGCACACAGAGCAGAUUGUCAUGUAUGUGAAAGCUUACUAGAAUUCCGCACAAAGCAAACAGUUUCAACACUGGGAAGACGGUGGGUCUAUGGCCGGAUAUAUCUUGUAUCACGUAGACGUCAGAGAUUGAAGUAAGAUCCCAACUAAUAUAUUCAAGCAGCUCUGUACAAUAUCAUGAUUCUUUCUGGAGUGUUUUCUCCUUUUACUUAGUUUUAGUGGGUAUGUUGAAGUGAUCCUUAUUCCUGAGAGAGAGUACAACAAUAAGAGCCAUUGGGAAUUUAUGUUGUAGAAAUACAAGCACUUCACUUACGAUUGAAGGAUUUAGAACUCAUAGAACAAACAAAUUCAAAUGAAUUCAUCGCAGCCCAAGAUUAGCAUCAAAAGAUACCCUCUUUCGAUUCUUGAAUUGAAUAACACAAGAAUACUUCUGCUUUUA